UGAUCAACGAAACCGGUGAGAUUCCCGCAGCGAGACUGUUCGACACAGUCGUAGUCCGUGGAGUCUCGCUUCGACCUGGACCUUGAAUUGAAUGGCUGCCGCACCCCUGACGCCAACCAUUUCGUCGUAUAAAUGCGACCCACCCUAGCACCAAGAGGCCGCAAGUUUCUGCAGCGCAUCGCUCACAAUCUACAAGCAAUAUCCCUCCAACUCCAUCUCGUAUCUCUCCAGAGCCAAACAUCGUGCAAUGUCCACAGAUACCGCAUCUGCCACCGCCGAGAAGGCUACGGGCUUCGAGAAUGCCCCUGAGCAGCUCACUCCCGUCGAAUUGACCAUCCGCGGCGACUUCCCGCCCUGGCUGAGCGGCAUCCUUUACCGCACCGGCCCCGGCACCUACAGCAUCCCCUCAGCCUCCGACCCGUCGAAUGUGACGGAGAUCCAGCACUGGUUCGACGGUAUCGCCAUGCACCACCGCUUCGAAAUCCUCCCAGCCUCUGAGGGACAGUCUUCGCGCGUUCUGUAUCGCUCACACAAGGGCGCGCCGGACCUCGAGCAGCGGAUCGCGGAGCUGUUCUCCUUCGCGCAGCGCCAGCGCGACACGGAUCCGUGCGCGAACUUCUUCGAGAAGGUUUCUACGUCCUUCGCGUCUUUAGACGACGCAGUGGCUGCGAUGAGCAAGCGUGAGCGCACAAACAAGCUCUCGAACGUCGCCGUGACGAUGACGCCGGACUUUCCGGGAAUCCGUCUGCCUGGUCGCGAGAGGGACGACGACGAGAAUCGCAUGGGCCCGCGUGUCAUUGUUUCGAAGACGGACGCGAACCUCCUUCAAGUACUCGACCCAACGACAUUGGAGCCGCUGGACUUAGUGUCAUACGCGCACAUUGAUCCACGUUUGAGCGGGCUAUUCAGCGCGGCUCAUGCAUGCCGCGACCCCGAGACUGGGGACUUCUACAACUUUGUCUUGGAUUUCGCGGUGAAGUCCACGUACAAGGUGUUCAAGAUUCGCGGCGACAACGGCAAGGCCGACGUCCUGGCUACGAUCAGCGAGAAGGAUGCCCCCCCUGCCUACAUUCACGCAAUGACAAUGACGAGCCGCUUCGUCAUUGUCUGCAUUUGGCAGUCGCACAUCAAGAACUUUGGCCUGUCCAUGCUGUCCACCAAUAAUGUCGCCGAUUCCAUUGAGAAGACGUGGCACCCGGAGAAAUCAUCGGUCUUCUACGUCGUCGACCGGCACAAUGGCGGGGUGGUGGCAAAGUACAAGACUGAUCCCUUCUUCGCUUUCCACUAUCUCAACGCGUAUGACGAUCCCGAGACCGGCGAUGUUGUCAUCGACCUCUCCGUCUACCCCAAUACAGGCGUGCUUGAUAUGCUUUACCUUGACAAGAUGAGGAACUUGAGCCCGAAUAGCAAACCAUGGAUGGGCCGUGCGCAGAGGUUCCGCUUAUUCGAUCCCGCCAAGGUAGCGGAGAAAGGCAGCAUCCCAGUGUUGGAAGCGAAGAUCGACUUCACAGUUCCCCAGAGCGCCGGCGUCGAGCUCCCGACUCUCGCCCCGAGCAAGUACCAUCGUGCGUAUCAGUACGCGUACGGCAUCACCAGGCGGCCCAUUGGCAGCGGUUUCUCCGACGGUGUCAUCAAGCUCAACAUGCACGCGGUCGUGUCUGCCGCUGCGUCCGGUGAUAGUCUGGAGGGCAAGGAGGACGAAUACGCGAAGAUAUGGCGCCCCGUCGAGCACGCGCCCUCUGAACCGAUCUUUGCACCACGCCCCGGAGGUACGUCAGAAGACGAUGGUGUUCUGCUGUCCAUUGUGCUCGACUCUACGCCUGAGAAGGGCACGGGCCAGAGUGCGCUUGUUGUGAUCGACGCGAAGACUAUGGAGGAAGUCGCGCGGGCGGAGAUGUCAACCAUCUAUCCCUUUGGCUUCCACGGAGUCUACACGCCGGAGAGGAAGAAUGCAUUGUAGUGGUUUAGUUGCUCAUUCUAGGGGGGCCUUGAUUAUGCAUGUACACUACUAUAUUUAUUGGCUAUCUUGCUA